UUACGCUUCAUGAGGGAAAGCCAGUGACAUACACAAUCAGGAUAAUGAGAUUUUAAGCAAACAGGAAUUCUUUCAGCAUUGUGCACAUACUGGGAUUGGUAAGGAAACAAGACGGGUGAGAAUAAAAAAAAAACACUGGCAAGAACAAAAUUUGAAAAUAUGUUAAAGGACACAGCAGAAGUUGACCAUUUGAAUGGAUGAGAGUGCACAGUGUUUUCCCCACCAGAGUUAGAGUCACUGGGACAUACAGGUUAUAAGCCAGGCUGGUGUGUGGAGGGUCAUCAUGACCGGCGUGACUGUGUGUUUAGGGACGGUGAACUCCAUCAAGGCUUUAUGGGAAACCAGGAUAAAGAAGAACAAGGAGGAGCUGAACAGAGAGAAAGAGCAGAGAGGGAGAGCGGCUGUGGGAAGAUUGACGGGGGCAUGGGAGGAUCGGAUCACCUUGGCCAAGUUAAAGGAAAAAAUUGUGACUGAGGAUGGGAGGGUCAUCCUUCGCAUUGAAAACGAAGAGUGGAAGACUCUUCCUGCAGCUCUGGUCCAGCUCUCUCAGAUUCAGGAAUGGCAGCUUCACCGGACAGGGCUUCAGAAGAUCCCACGCUUCAUCUCUAGCUUUCAGAGCCUUAUCGUUCUCGACCUGUCCCGCAACGCAAUCACGGAAAUUCCUAAAGAAAUCGGUAAGCUAACCCGGUUACGAGAGCUACUUGUGAGUUACAACAGACUGAACUGUGUACCUGAGGAACUGUGCAGCUGUGAGUGUUUGGAGCGACUGGAACUGGCAAUGAACCGGGAUCUGGAUGAGCUUCCACAAAAGCUCAGUAAUCUGAAGAAACUACACCACUUGGACCUCUCAAUGAAUCAAUUCAGCACAAUUCCUGAGUGUGUAGUCAAUCUUCCUGCUCUUGAGUGGUUGGACAUGGGUGGGAACAGACUGGAGAGCCUACCAAACGACAUCCACAGGAUGGAGAAUUUGCACACACUGUGGCUCCAGAGAAAUGAGCUGGAGUAUCUGCCAGAUAACAUCAGCCGCAUGCACAACCUGGACACGCUGGUGCUCAGCAAGAACAAGCUGAGAGACAUUCCUCCACUGAUGGAGGGCAUGAACAACCUCAGGUUUGUAAAUUUCAGAGACAACCCUCUGACAUACGACGUGACUCUUCCCGACCUAAAAGAGGACGUGGCAGAGGAGGAGAAUGAUAGAGAGAUGUUCGGCCGAGAAUUUAUGCACCAUUACAUCCAUGAAGCCCGCAAAAGAGGAUCCCAGACUUAUACAUCAAUGCUAAAUGUGACGCUGGAGGGUACGAUAGAGGAAGUGGCGUGACUCAGUCCUGCAUGCUGGCUGCUACUGUCGCUUUUGCCUCCUGUCCUGAUGAACCUGUCCUGUCCCAUCUGUCCUGCACGUCCUGCAAAGAUGUGUUACGCCUCUCUAGUCUAGGACUAGUGAGUGCUGUUUUGUUCUCUGCUGCUGCCACUGUGUCCUUAAAAGAGAAAACUAAAAAUGAACUCAUCACUA